GUACACACCAGAUACUUUUCCUCACCAAGACCAAGAACGCUUCCUGGGUUUGACGUCGUCCCAGCGCAUUGCGCACUGGGGAUUCGCAUCUUUCUGCGUCCCGAGUCUACGUGUUGUAUCCACUAUCGUACACUAUCCCACUCUCUCGCCAGGCCAAAGGUGUCCAACUGAACUCGACACUCGACCGGUCGGUCUGUCUCCCAAGCACAAGCACUCCCAUCCCACUCCCUUCCCUUUUCUCACUCGAGCCUCCUUGCAGCUCCUGCAGCAAUUGGUUUUCCCUAUUCUAAGUCACUCUUUCUUUGCCUAGUCUUUUUUAAACUUCUUGUGCUUCUUAUCUUUCGCUAUUACUCUACUGUUCCCACACCCCCUUUCCCCUACCUGACGCUCUUUUGGUCCAUCCCUUCUUAUGCCUCCCAGACUCACCACAGGGCCGGACGGAACCCUCAACCUCCCCCAUUCGCGACUCGACCAUUUCCAGAACCCUCCCUUGAGCGCAACCACAUGCGAUUCCAACAUCUCAGACUAUAUCGGUAGCGGAACCACCAGUCCCGGACAGAGCCCCGGGCUCGACGAGCGCCUGGCCGAGUUUGAUGCAUUGCGCACCGGCAACGACGAGUACUUCAAGCACGACGAAGACGACGACGACGACGAUAUGGACCACCGACCGCCCCUCCUUCGAAACCACCACUCCCGCUCGGGGCAGCCUCUCCUCAACUCCAAAGUCGACGACGAUGACGGCCGCAAUUAUUCCACUCGCUCCCGCGGAGCCAGCCCUUUGUUGAGCCCGAACCGCCCGGCCUUCUCUCGCGGCUCUACCAUGCGAAACCACUCUCCCUCGACGGCCAACGCCAACGCCAAAAAGAAAUACAUCUACGCCGCCUUCUUCCUCGUUCUGAGUCUGUUCUCCUUUGUCAUCCAGACCGAGCUGUCCGCCUACAUCCAGCAGGAGCUGCACUGGGACAAGGCAUACUGCAUGCUCUACCUGACCCACGGCUCCUGGGCCAUGCUCUGGCCGGUCCAGCUGCUGAUCCUGCGCAUCAACAAGCGCAAAACAUCGUGGCCCUCGUUCUGGCGCCGACACCGCGAGCUGGUGCACACCACCGCCAUCAUGGUCCAGAGGCAAGACCUCGACCUGACGCGCCCUGGUACGCAUCCUCGCACGUCGCCGUGGUUCUACCUCGUCCGUACCACCGCUUUCGUCACAUGUGCCCUGACCGUCGCUGGCCUGAGUUGGUACGUCGCCGUUAAUAUGACGACUCCCUCGGAUCUGACGGCCAUCUACAACUGCUCGGCCUUCUUCGCCUACGUCUUCUCUGUCCCUCUACUCAAGGAGCCCCUGCGCAUGGACAAGUCCCUCGCCGUCCUCGUCGCUAUUGCCGGCGUCCUGGUUGUCGCAUACGGCGACAGCAGCCCUGCUGAUAACGACGCCGCCCACAACCAAGCUGCCGGCGAGCGUCUGAAGGGAAAUUUGGUGAUCGGCGUCGGCUCCGUGCUCUACGGUCUGUACGAGGUGCUAUACAAGCGUUAUGCUUGCCCGCCCGACGGCUGCUCGCCGGGCCGGGGCAUGGUCUUCGCAAAUACGUUCGGAUCCUGCAUCGGCGCCUUCACCCUCACCGUGCUGUGGAUCCCGCUGCCCAUCCUGCACUGGACCGGCAUCGAGGAAUUCGCCCUGCCCACGGGCUACACGGCUUGGAUGCUCUUCUUCAGCGUCGUCAUGAACGCCACUUUUGCGGGGAGCUUCCUGGUUCUCAUCAGCCUGACGAGCCCUGUCUUGUCCAGUGUUGCCAGCCUGUUGACCAUCUUCAUCGUCGCUAUUACCGACUGGUUACGCACCGGCGAACCUCUCAGCGCUGCGGCUCUCCUCGGCGGUGUCAUGAUUAUGAUCGCAUUCGGCAUGCUUAGCUGGAGCACCUGGCGCGAGAUGACGGAGAUCGAGGCGACCAAGGCCGUCGACCUCACCGACAGCGGCGAGGACAGCGACAGGGAUGAGCGCGUGGAUUAAGUUCGCAUUGCAUUGCAUACACGGUGUUGGCAGAUACCGCACCGACGGCGCUGGGGGGUCCGGUGGUCAUUGGUUUUGCUUUUGUGUGUUUUACAUAUUGCAUUGGCAUUGUUACAAUGGGGGCCGGCGGGAUUAUAUGGCAUAGGGAUGGACUGCAACGGCAUGGUCGUGUCGGUCCUGCUAUUUAGUGUUUUCACUUUCCAUUUCUUCUUUGUCGGUUCGCACUUCGGCAUACACUAGAUGAUUUGCUUUUGGGUACAGGGUCACUUGAGAACCCUUGUUUGGAAAAGCAGCGGUAUAUCACAUUAUCCGCCGCGGCUAAAUGGCAGUCUCUUUCUUCUCGGGACAGACGUUUUCAAUAGGAUUGCGAUUGCUGCUCUGCAGCACACAAGCCAAAACCCCACUGACUGACUUUUCGCAAGGGCAUAUUUACGCUUCUCCCAUAUCCCAGUAACCUGCCGCAGCCAGCUGUCCUCUUUUGCGUAUGUACGCGCAACUCGUCCUCGGCCGCGAGGUAAGUGAGUGUGGGAAUCUUGAAGAGACUGCUGAAUUCGAUAGAUUUGAAACAGGGGGUGCUCCAGCGAUGAGCCCGACCCGCCCGAGACGGGAUCCACGUCGGGACCCUAGUGUUGUCGACGUAAUCCCCCGAAACAGGGUUGACGGUCUGACAGGCCAGUCACGAAGUUCGGAAGUCGGUCCGGCGAGUUGGACAAGACUAAAGUUGAACAGGCGAAAUAUAGAUCUUCUCUGUCUCUUUCCAAGUAGCCGCCAGGGGCGCGGCCCCCAUGAGUUUUCACACUACCCACUCGAGAGAUUUGGAUCAGAGAUGGUUCUGAAGAGCCUGGACAACUUCAUUACGAGGUUGGAAUGUAGCGAGGGUGUAGUAAGUAAGGCCGACGACUAGGUUGAUAUUUGGCUGCAGCUCGCCGCAUCCCAUGCACGUCGUUCUUAUUGGCGGUGUUGCAUGGACUAUGAUUCCUUGUCGCUGAGAUUAGCGACGUGGUAUUGCUCUGACUGUUUGAAUCGGAGGCCGGUAGCCCGAGGCUGAUGAGGUUGACUUCCACCAUAGUCGUUGGGAAAGAACAGAUGGUCCCUAUCAUCCUAUAGCCAGUGGUUAACCCACACGCGAAACCCGACGUCAUUGAAGGCGGCCAUCUCAGACUCGUAACGGGGUAAACUGUAUGCAUCAUAGACCGAUUGCCUCAUAAAGUUUGAAAUGCCUACUUGAAAUCAAGAACCGGUCUCAUUACGCGCUGCCCUGUGUUCACCCACAAGGGCGGCAAUAAGAUGCGUUCGUUUAGCAGACAUUCAAUCCGCGUCCACAGGGGUGGAAUUUAUUCCGCUCCGCAACCAGCAGC